CGGCUCGGUACAAUUCCAAAUGCACAUUUUUUCGUAUUUAACACCUGAGUUGUAAGUUCUAUAAGACUCCCUACGCGAUUGGAAUCGUUAUUUAGCAUAAAAACAGACAAUUCGUUUCGAAGCGAACGGAAAGCGAUCAGUGGAAGUAUUCUGGUUCGUCUAAGCACAACCAAGCGGGAGCAAGAAAGUAUAUUUUUGUGAGCGGGAAUUGAUUUUUGCCGGCGAGAGGAUGGAGGAUAAUACUAUAAAUUUGAUGAAUUUUCGAGAGAAAAUGGCCCUGGCCGAGGCGUUGUCGAAAAUUAAUCUGGCCGCGACGCCGAAGACGAGGAAAAAAUUGGUGAAGAAAAACCCGCAGCCGAAAUUUGGGUUUUACGAUGAGGAUUCGGGCGAGUUUGUGCCGCCCAAGCAACUGCUUAUGCUGUUAGUGAGAAUGGGCAGCUUUUCAUCGACCCCGCGAAUCCUGAACGCGGAUAUCCUAGAUCGAGACAUCGAUCUUCCGAAGAACGUGAGCCGAAUGGAGUUGAUCCAGCAUUGCCAACGACAGCCGAAGAUCCAUCCCAUGGUCAAGCGCACCUUCCGGAAGGCCAGGUCGCUAUCUGACUUGGAAUGCGGCGUGAAAGUCAGGAAAUUGAACGGCGUAUCCAGAGCUUGCGGUGAAUACGUGACUGGUCCUAAUAACGUAAGAAUUUUGCAGUGGAAUAUUUUAUCGCAGGCGUUGGGUCAGAUGAACGAUAACUUUUCCAAAUGUCCCGACGAAGCUCUGGAAUGGAACCACAGAAGGUACUUAAUUAUCGAGGAAUUGGUGGAGUACUGCCCAGAUAUUAUAUGCUUACAGGAAGUGGACCAUUUCAAUUUUCUAAGCCACAUUCUGGAAACCCAAGGUUAUACUGGAUUAUUUUUCCCGAAACCAGAUUCACCUUGCAUAUACAUAGACGGAAAUAACGGACCGGAUGGAUGCGCCAUAUUUUACAGAAAAGACAAAUUCGAUUUGGUAAAUGUGGAGACCAAAAUCUUGGAAAUAUGGAAAGUUCAAAGCAACCAGGUAGCUAUACUUUCGAUUUUGAAGAUGAAGGAAACCGGUCAAGAAAUUUGCGUUACCACAACUCACCUUAAAGCCAAAAAUGGGGCUCUGUUAUCGACGCUCCGCAACGAACAAGGCAAGGACCUGCUGCAGUUCGUCCGCGCUCAUUCCAGAGGUUUGCCUCUAAUUAUAGCAGGGGAUUUCAACGCGGAACCGGUGGAACCGAUUUAUAACACUAUAUUGGAUAAUGCAUUGGGAUUGGGUAGUGCUUACGCGGACUGUGAUACUAAUUUUAGUUUGAAAUCGGCGGAUAGGGAGCCGACUUAUACGACGUGGAAAAUAAGGGGCGAAGGAGAAGUUUGCCAUACGAUAGAUUACGUUUUCUAUUCCAAAAAUCAGUUGGAAUUGGAAGGCGUUUUGGAGUUACCAACCGGAGAGGAAAUAGGCGAGAAUCGGGUGCCCAGCAUGGCGUAUCCUUCCGAUCAUUUUUCGUUAGUUUGCGACUUCAAAAUUGGAAAUAGUUAAUAGAUGUAUUUUUUUUAUUUAUUCAGUUGUUAUUGUUUAGUUAUUCUUUUAGGAUAUAUAUUUUAUAUUAAAAUUUUAUUAAAGUGUAAUUUUUAGAUUUUAUACAAUAUUUGUUAACUGCUUAAGGGAUUAAAAGUAUUGUUGAUGUUUUAAUAAUUAAAAUAGUAAAAAUA